AUGCCUGAAACGAGAUAUGUAGCCCGGAAAGAUUUGCUGACCAGUGUCCUUGCUGACUUCUAUGCACGGCAUUAUAGCUAUGAAUGCAAAGCAACGGCCCAGGAGCGUCCAUAUACGGCCCGGCCAUCAAGAACCCAACAAUUGCUGAACCCUCGGUUGAUGCCCAAGCUCUCAGAGGACGUGCCUACCGAGCUGGAGCGAACGACUGGUGUUGCAGACGAGAUACUCGCAAAACGCGAGGCGGAGCGUGGCCGGAAAAGAGACCAUGACAAAGAUGACUCUGAAGACCGCUACGGGCAGUCUCCAAAGCGAGCAAGAUCUCUGUCAACAGAUUCUGCAGAUUCGAUCUCGACAAUCUCCACAAAUCGGUCUGCGUCUGCGUCUCCCCAGCGCCGCAGUAGACAUGGCUCACGUGCCACUGGCCGUCGCAGUUCAGUAUCACCACCUGCAGGUGAAACUCGAAAGAGGAGGUACAGCGAUGCUUCAGAUGGUUCUUCCGCAAAGUCAUACUCCUCGGGCGAUGGGCAACGAUCCCGGUCCCGAUCCAAGGAAUGGACUGAGGACAGGAACAUUCGACGUCGACGCCGGGAGAGCAGCCCUGAGGAACGCGGAAGGAAUCGUGAUUCAAAAAAGCAUGACUCUAGGAAAAACGACCGCCGCAGCCAUAGUGUGGACAAAAGUCGAAUCGCGAAAGAGCGCCGUUCUAUGACACCGGAGGCUACCUAUGACCAUUCAGAAAAACGCACAUAUCGAGACCGAGAACCACUGCAAGGCGUGGCCCAGGCCGGACGAUCUAGGCAGGACCCUAGAGCUCGUGGAGGACCACCCCGAGAACGAAGUAUGAGUCCUUACAGCAAACGUCUUGCUUUGACUCAAUCUAUGAAUCUGGGACGGUAG